AUGUGGCUCAAUGUUUGACUUUCCUUUCCAAGUAUCUCUUUGGAAAGUUUAUCUAAAUCCACAUCACAGAACAAAUGAUCUUUUCAUGCUUUACGUGUGUGCUCUUUUGGAGCAAUCAUUCACGCCUACUGCAAUGGUGUGAGUGGUCAACCUGUUUCAGGUCAGUGUUAAUGGUCAUCAAUGGUUGAAGUGGACGGCUCUCCAUCUGGUGGGGACUUGGCCUCUAUGGGUCAGGGCUAAAGACUGUCUCACAAUGUAGGAGCAUUAGUAUGCUAAUGAGGUGUGUGGCGACAGGUGGCCAUGCUAGACAGCUCAAUUAAGCAGCUCGUUAAAGGCCAAGCUAACGAAGCGGCCUGCACUGCAAGUCUCAACAAACAAUGUGACUGUGCAGGCUACAAAUUGAACAUACAGGAAGUGUCAUCUGUCAACUCAUGUUAUCAGUGAACUUUCAGUGUAAUGCUGACAUAGGUGAUCUCGACUUCUGGUUGCUGGGAGAAUGAAGGAUGCAGAGGAAGGAUGGAGAGAUACAUCCCUCCUAAAGCAUUCGUUGCAGAGAAGAUUAGCAGGAUUAAGACUGGCUCACAUAUGCUGCUCUUCACUAAUGGCAUUCAACACAACAGAAGCCCACCUGCCACCCAGACUGGAGAGAAAGACAAAGGCAGAGGUGAAAGUUUUCCUCAGAUGUUAAAGCAUACCUACAAAGAAUUAAAACUGUUCACAAUCAUUUUGGGGGGAAAAAAGCUGUCUAGUGAGAAAGGGAGAGAUGUAACAGUUGGACUGUUAGAGGUGGAGAUAAGGAUCAUUGAGGGUGCAGAAGCGUUUGGGGGCAAGAGCAAAAGAGACAUGCAACAGUACUGCACGAUAUAUAAACUUGUGGUAACACUUUAUUAUAAGGUGCUAUACAUUAGCAUUAGUUCAAGGAAUGGUUCACCCACAAAUUAUAAUUCUCUCAUCAUUCUCACCCUUAUAGUGUCUCAAACUCAAAUUACUUUCUAUCUUCUGCAGAACACAAACGAAGAUAUUCUAAUGGAGAAAUUAGCUGUUUUUGUCCAUACAAUGCAAGUCAAUGGGGUCUUUCAAGCUCCAAAAAGGAUAUAAAGGCAGCAUGUUGGUAAUCCAUGCAACAUUUAAUUAAUGUCCUCUAAGGCGAUACAAUCAGUUUUGGGUGAGAUACAGACCAAAGUUGAAUAAAGCUUAAAAUCCUGAUGAGAGAAUUAUAAUUUUGAAGUAUUCACCUAAAAAAUGAAGAUGCUGUUUUUUAUGGCAUUUAUCCAUCUAGUUUUAUGUUAACAAUUUAAUAAAUGUUAAUUAUGUUAACACAUUCUGAAAAGUAGUGUUCAUUGCAAGUUCACAAAUGUUAAAGUAUCAAUGUUAAAUUAUUCAACCUUAUUAUAAAGUGUUACCACAAACAUUCAUCAAUAUGCCCCACAAACCUAAUCAGAAAUUAGAUACAAAAGAACAUCGGUAUAAAAUGGACAAAGUACAUAAAUAGAGUUGAAUGGAGAAGCAUCCUGGGAAAUGAAUUCACAUACACGUAAAAUAGGGAUGAAACAAGAACCUACAUAUACAGAAAUCGAGUUGCUAUUCCAUCUGCAAAUCACUGUGCUAGUUUUCUCUUAAAUUAACUCUGCAAAAAUGCUGAAAUGUAACUCUAGAUGGAUUAAUUAAUUUAGGUACGACUGCAGUUACAGUACUGACUAAUUUAGCUCUUAGGGUUAACAGUUUUAACACAAAUACACACCUCUUCCCACAUCAUUAUUGGAGAGCACACACAUCAUUAUCUCAUAAAGGUAAUGAGGAAAGAAGAGUCUGGCUUUGCCAACAUGCAAAAUUAGCACUCAAUCUUCCUCCACACAACCAACAGGCUAACAUUCAUUCACCCAGAGGUGGCAAAAGCUCUUACAGUAUAUCUAACCUUCCUCUCUCUCUCCAUCUUUUUCUGAGGCAGGUCCUUGCUAAACAAAUAGAUUUUAAUUAAAAGAUUGAGUGACAUAAAAUGUAGCCAGUUCUAUAUUUUUGUCAUUUUAUUUAAUUCUCUGCACCUGAACUGUGAAGUUUGAAUAAGCUGUGAAAUGCAGUCUGGAAACCCCUUUAUUGCUUUGGCAAACAUGUCAAAAUCAAAGCUCUGUAAAUGACUGAGAAUAUUUACUUUAUAAAUACAAAAAGGUAGCAACACCAAUAACAAACAAACAAACAAACAAACAGACAAGCACGAAAUAUGUCAUUAUUAUGCAUAUUGCAUGUUUUUUAAGUAAUUAAAAUUGCAAAAAUAAUUACAUACUAACAAUUACUAAACUGUAUGUAAUGAAAUAUAAAUAAAAAAUCUACAAUUAAAAAUAAAUAAAUAAAAGUAAACAAAUUCAGCCUGUUUUUAUGCAUUAAAGCUUGUGUUUAAGCAAUUAUGUAAAAAUGAAUGUAUAGAUCAUUAGCUCAAUUUGAUCUAAAUCAAGAGGUAAUGACGUCAGUCAUGUGCGCUCUUAGUUUGACUUAAUAGGUUUCGUUCUCUGUGAACUAGUAACCAAAGUUGUGAUGAAUCAGCCUAACCCCUGCUCUCUCUCUCUCUCUCUCUCUCUCUCUCUCUCUCUCUCUCUCUCUCUCUCUCUCUCUCUCUCUCUCUCUGUGUGUGUAAUUGCUCCCAAGACAGUUGUCAGUGUGUGUGUGCGUGCAUGCGCGCGUGCGCACGCGUGUGGAUUUGUGUGCAUUCUUCCUCCGGUGACAUUUCAGAUAAUUAUAUGCGCAAGGAAUAAACUGUAUCUCUGACAAUAGGGCUCUUUCUGUUCCCUAGUUUCUAAUCCAGACAGUCCCGGCAUAUAUUACCAUUUUGGUACACUUAACAAGUGAGAUUACCGGAAUUCAUAAUGAAGGAACUGAACUACAACUUCAUUCCGACACCGCCGGUUUAAACCAUCUCAUUUGCAUAAGCGUAUUUAACGAGAGUAAACAAGCAAACAGACAGACGGGACCGUCCGCACAACAAAGCGUAUAGAUGCUUCAAUGAAAAUAUGUUAAAGACCUUGAUCUGGUGAGGUCUCUCCUAACUCACUGAUGUAGCUGUUUAAUCUACACCUGUUAAGUCGAACAGAACUAUAACAGAUCAUCAAUAAAUCUGAAGCGAGACUUUCUUUCUUUCUUUCUUUCUUUCUUUCUUUCUUUCUUUCUUUCUUUCUUUCUUUCUUUCUUUCUUUCUUUCUUCAGUCAUAUAAGGAUAUGUUAAGCUAUUUGUGCUUGUUCAAAUUCAUUUCCAAAGUAUGAGUAAAACUUAAAUGGCUCAUAAAUUUUAGUGGCCAGCUACAUGCCACCCUCCUCCCUCCAAAAUAAGGACUUCUGUUUGUCCAUAUUUGUCUAAUUUAAAUGUUUCAGAUCAUAACCGUUAAAACCCAUUUUCCAUGCCUCGUUUAUUAACGUUUUAAAUGCGUUUAACGGCUGGAAAUCAGUCAGCUGUCAGGCGCCCGCAUGGGGUCACCGGGUUAAAACAAUAUGAGUGCAUUCAAAACCGCAAAUCAGUGUUUUCAACUGACCGCGCUGAAUCCUGCGGGAAAUAAGCACAUGAAAAUCUUGCAUUGGCAUCCAUCCCGCUCCUCAAAUCACUGCAAUAUAAGACUAAAGAACAGAUUAGUGUUGGAUUCAGUUAUUGAGCUGCAAUUCGCAAAGCUGAUUCAUUAUCAUGUCAUAAUACCGCAUUAAAAAGCAAAAAAAAUACAAUAAAAAAUAAUAACGAUUAGCUAUGGAGAUUAUUAAGAUCAUAUACAGUAGGCCUAUAGACUAAUUAUAAUUACACCUAUAGGCCAUAUACAAAUAAAUAUAGGAUAACUGUAAAGAAAAUUAAUUUUAAUAUUUUAUAUUUUUUUGUAAAUUAACGUAAAGAAAAUGUAGUCAUUAAAUAAUCAGUGAGAUUGGGUGAAAACAUUCAGAUUAAGAUAAAAUUAAUUACGAAAUUGCAAAAAGUUAUUGACAUUCAGACUCUUUUAUUUGUCAAAACAUGUAAUUUGUCUUUUUUUACCAUCAUUUACGGGACCCAUUCAUCACUUAACUUCAAUUGCAAAGCUUGUCCAACCUACUCGCUGUAAUCUAAACCAAACGAUGGUCUGUGAGGAUGCACCAUAUGCGAAGUGUUUUUAAUACAUUUAAUGAAGCCUCAGUGUUUUUUGGAACGACAUCAGGUUUUAGGACCCCCACCCACUGGAGCUCAUUGGUUCUUGACGGGCUGUCGGAAAAAGCGGUGACAUUGUCCCGGUGACUUGCCCCCGGGUGGUGCAGGGGGAGGGAUCCACUAUAAAAUUCCCCCUAGUCACUCUCGGGCGUGCCAAACACAGACAGUGCACGAUUGAACAGGAAUAAGGAGUGAAUUCUGCACCUGCUGCCGGAAUAUUACAUCUGUGGGAAACUGAGAGCUCAUUGAACACCAUGGACUCAGACACGAGCCGAAUGUCCAGUAGACCUUCCUCUCCUGAAGGCGAUGACCUCUUCCUGUCCGCCGUGAAGAAAUCCGUGGGUUUCUCUGGUGCCGUCUCUUCCACUCAGAGCGACUCUCCUCCUGAGUUAAGAGGCGCAGAUCUACGGAGCAUCUCCAGCGCUGAUGAGGAUGCAUUGACUCUGAAGAUGCUCAGCAAAAAGGACCGCAAACUUCUCUCGGAAAACGAACUACAGAGCAUGCGCCUCAAGAUCAACAGCCGCGAGAGGAAGCGCAUGCACGACCUGAACAUCGCCAUGGACGGGCUCCGGGAGGUCAUGCCCUAUGCCCAUGGGCCAUCCGUGCGCAAACUCUCCAAAAUAGCGACCCUGUUGCUUGCGCGCAACUACAUCCUCAUGCUUAGCAACUCACUAGAGGAGAUGAAACGGCUCGUGAGCGAGAUCUACGGCGGCGGGGGCGGGACUCAUCACGCCGCUUUCCACCCUUCCAGUUGUGCCGCCCUUUCGCACGCGGCAGUUGCUCCGUUACCAGGCCACCCCUCUGCUGUCUCACAUUCUUCUCAUCCGGUACAUCAUCCUCUCCUUCCGCCAGCAGUCUCCACUGCCGCUUCUCUCUCUGCUCCUGGUCUCUCAGCUGUCAGGCCGCAUCACGGCCUCCUCAAGGCACCGUCAGUCGGUGCUGGGCCACUCGGUACCGGUUUUCAACAUUGGGGUGCGGGGAUCCCGUGCCCGUGCAGCAUGUGUCAGGUGCCUCCACCUCACAUGUCUGGUAUGAGCACCGUCAGCAUGCCACGAUUGAGCAGUGACGCAAAAUGAAGCACUGAAUUCUAAAAGAGAGCAAAAAAAAAAAACUUUGAAGGACACCAUAGACUUGUGCUGUUUCAUCCCAUGUUUAUCCGUUUAUGACUGAACAACUGAAAAAAAGAGAGAAAGAGAGAUGUGAAUGGGUCAAAGCCACUAACAUAGGAUUUUCUAACACAUUAGAGGAAUUAGGGUUAACUUUCCAUGUGCAUUUGAAGUAUAUGAAAAUGGUCAUCUUUUUUAGCCUUUCAAAACUUGGGACUUUACUAAGGUACAAGUGUAAUGUGAUAUAAAUAAGGGGAUAUAGCAUACAUCUAGGACAGUACUUUUAACAAUUAUGUCUAAAUAUAUCUGUCCAAUUCCUACAGAUAAGAGGGCUACAUAAUUUAAUGGGCAAUUGCUAUUAAAGGAAAUCAUAUGUUUGAAAAGAUUAUGUAAAUUUGGUAACACAAUGUUUUACUGUGUAAAUAUGUAGAUAUAGUUUGUACAGUUUGAGAGAUUUUAUAUUAUCUUCCCUAGCUUAUGUUUGGGAUCAGAAUUCAUUUACCAAGAGCUGUCUGUAACAGAAAUCAAAAUGCACCUGUUCAUUCCUGUACUCACUAUCGUUCUCUCUUUCGCUCUCUCCCUUCAGUUUUCUGGCUUUGAAAUUUCGUUAUUUUUAUUCUUUCUAUACAAGCUUACCCGUCAUCACCGAUGCGAAGAAUGAUCAAUUUUUAUUUUUGAUAAAGUGCAAAAUGAUAUUUAUUUACUUAUUUUGAUUGUAUUUUCAAAUUAAUGUGCGGUGAAUGUUUGAGUCCUAACUGUAAAAUAA